AUGGUGGUAAAUGCCACAUUUUGGGCCGGUGUAGCAUUAUGUUUAAAGGUUUUUGCCCCUUUGGUCAAAGUUCUUCGGAUGGUUGAUGCGGAUCGAAAGCCAUCAAUGGGUUUUGUAUAUGGUGAGAUUCAAAAUGCGAAACAAGAAAUUAUUAAUGCUUUGGGAAACAAUAAAAAAGCGUAUGAGCCUAUUAUGGAUAUCAUUUCGAAAAAGAUGAAAGGUAGGCUUGAUACACCCCUACAUUUGACGGCUUACCUUUUAAAUCCAUAUUAUCUUUAUAAGAAUCCGGAGAUCCAAAAUGAUAUUGAUGUGACCGAUGCGAUUGUUGAUUUUGUCGAUACAAUGUAUCCGGGAGAUCAUUCUUUGCAAAACCAUAUCGUGAUGGUUGAGUUGCCGGUUUACAUGGGUAAAGAAGAAAAUUUUAGUCGAGAAAUUGCAAUUAAAGGAUGUGAGGUGAACAACGACAAAUUUGAUCCGGCGAAUUGGUGGGUAGCUUAUGGUGCCUCAACUCCACAAUUGAGAAAGAUUGCUACAAGGAUACUUUCUUUAACAACUAGUUCUUCGGGGUGUGAAAGAAAUUGGAGCACUUUUGAAGGGGUACAUACAAAGAAAAGAAAUAGAUUAGAGACGUCUAAAUUGAACAAUCUUGUUUUUGUUCAAUUUAAUGAAAAUUUGAUGGAAAAUAACAAGAAAAGGAAGACUAAGGAUAUGGAAGUACUUUUAGCAAAAGAUGCAAGUGAGGCUCAAGAAUGGAUUGUCGAAAAUGAUGUAUUGUUGGAUGAAGUUGAGCCCGAUGAAGCUAUGGGUGACGAGGAGUUUUUACAAAAUCGUAGAAGUUCUAGAUUGAGAGAACUUGAUGAGGAAGAAUUUGUGUCGGAGGAUGAGGAAGAACUAAAUGAAGAUGUUGAAUAUGAAUAA